CAUUUCGCAAUUCCGUGCUUUCUUUUUCAUUUCUCCUUAUUUUCCUGCAAUUUUUAGAGAGAGAGAGAGAAAGAUUCGUAUGAAUGGAGACGACUCACUGAAUGGCAAAAUAAUGAGAAGGAUUCAAGUCUGCGAGUGACGAAUAGGAGUGAAUCGAUUUGGUCCGAUCUGGGGUCGCUGAUCCAUCGGUGCGCAGAUCAGAGGGAGAGGGAGAUAGGGGAAAAAUGCCUUCGCUUGCGGAUGUGGAUAGGCAGAUCGGGCAGUUGAUGGAGUGCAAGCCUCUGACGGAGGCUGAGGUGAAGACGCUUUGCGAUCAAGCCAGAGCUAUUCUUGUUGAGGAAUGGAAUGUGCAGCCGGUGAAGUGCCCCGUCACGGUAUGUGGUGAUAUUCAUGGGCAGUUCUAUGAUCUCAUCGAGCUAUUUCGGAUAGGUGGAAAUGCUCCGGACACCAAUUAUCUUUUCAUGGGCGAUUAUGUUGAUCGUGGAUACUAUUCAGUGGAGACCGUCACCCUGUUAGUGGCUCUGAAAGUUCGUUAUCGAGAUAGAAUUACAAUCCUUAGAGGAAAUCAUGAGAGCCGACAAAUUACUCAAGUGUAUGGUUUCUAUGAUGAAUGCUUGAGGAAGUACGGAAAUGCCAAUGUCUGGAAGUAUUUCACUGACCUUUUUGAUUAUCUGCCCCUUACAGCACUGAUUGAGAAUCAGAUCUUCUGUUUGCAUGGUGGACUUUCCCCAUCUUUGGAUACAUUAGACAAUAUCCGAAACCUGGACCGCAUACAGGAGGUUCCUCAUGAAGGACCAAUGUGUGAUCUCUUGUGGUCCGAUCCUGAUGAUCGGUGUGGGUGGGGAAUUUCUCCACGUGGAGCUGGCUAUACUUUUGGACAAGAUAUAGCAUCUAAUUUUAACCACACUAAUGGGCUCUCUCUGAUUUCAAGAGCCCACCAGCUUGUCAUGGAAGGUUAUAAUUGGUGUCAGGAAAAGAAUGUGGUGACAGUAUUUAGUGCUCCUAACUACUGUUACCGAUGUGGAAACAUGGCUGCCAUUCUAGAAAUUGGUGAAAGCAUGGAGCAGAAUUUUCUUCAGUUUGACCCAGCUCCUCGGCAAAUUGAGCCCGAUACUACACGCAAGACUCCUGACUAUUUUUUGUGAUCUCAACACCUCAAUUGGCAGUUGUGGUCCUCGUAUCACUGUAGAUUGUCUUAAGGGAGAGGAGUUUCUUUGUUGUUGGAGGGUCAUUGUCAGCAUCAUUCUUUUUUUUUUGGAGAUUUCCUGCUGCUUUGUUUUUGUGCUGAAGGAACCCAACAGACCUGAUGGAAGGCACCGUAUUUUUAUUUCUUGUAUAUUUUCGAGAGGAAGCAGCAAUAACAUGGUAUAUUGUGUUUUAUAAUUUCACAAUUUAAGGGUAGAUGGCAGAUUUCAAGAGUGGAUGUUGGUCGCCGGUCCAUUUUCACUGACAAGUGGCAUAUUGGCAAUUGGGAAUUUGAGCAUCGGUAAUAAAUUUAUAGAAUUGGAUUGUGUUUC